UGAUGUACGAGGUCGGCCAGAUUGUCAAUAUUGAAGCGUCGCCAGCUCUAAACUCAACUAGCACUUUUGUGUUUUAGGUGUUUAACAAAAGGGUAUAUUGAAACACGGAAUGGCUGAAGAGGAGGAUGAUUACAUGUCUGAUGCUUUUCUCAGUCAAAUAUCUGACGUCAGGCCAGGUAUGCCAAUGGUGAAACGGAUGAAAGACGCAAUGAAAAAAGAGGUCAUGAUAAAAGAGAAGAAUCAACAGAACCGUCAGAAAACCUAUAAAGAGCAAGAGCGGGAGAGUCGUGAUGCAGUUUUACAGACUUCUAUCAGCAAUGAAAAUAAAGGUUUCGCAAUGCUGCAAAAAAUGGGAUACAAAGCAGGCCAAGGACUUGGCAAAAAAGGAGCUGGGAGAGUUGAACCAAUUCCUCUGAACAUUAAAACAGACAGAGGAGGUGUUGGAAUGGAAGAAGUAAAGAAAAGGAAGGCUGAAGAGGAACUCCAACAUUACCGACAGAAGGUUCGAGUAAAACAAGAAGUGGAGAAACAGUCACUGGAGGACUUCAGGGUAAGGAAGAGAACAGAGAGAGAAGAGCGUCAGACGGAAGGGGACCUGAGGCGGAGCCAGCGGGCCUGUGAACAACUCGAUAGCCAGAAGGGAAUCACUGCUCCCCGGGAAUGUUGGUAUUGGCCAGAAAAAGAGGAGGAGGACGAGGACGUAGAUGAAGAUGAAGAGCAAUGCAAGAAAGAGGAAGAUGAGGAGGAGGAGGAAGAUGAGGAAGAGUUAACAUCAUUAGAUAAGCUACAUUUUCUCACAUCUUACCUGAGGGGUGUGCACUUUUACUGCAUAUGGUGUGGAACAACAUACAAUGAUGAGGAAGAUCUGGAUUCAAACUGUCCUGGAGACACAUCAGCAGACCAUGAUGAUUGACAUUGUUGAGGAUUUUAUACAUUUUCUACUCACAAUAGAGUUUCACAAUAAAAUGUAAUGAUCACAUUACAUGUAAAUACACGUUUUAGCGUAAUUGGACUUGGAUAAUGUGCACCCUACAGGAAAUAUGUUUUUUUAUUUGUCAUUGUUUUGCUGUGUUUUGUUGACGUAAUUAAAAUAUUGCUUAAGCCUACAUGACAUUUGUUGUGGACACUUACAUGAUAUUUAGCUUAGUGUAUCAUUUAGUUUAAUGUUUAGUUUAUUGUUAGAUAAUCUCAUCGUAUUAGCCUAUUAUAUAUCUGACAGCAACAACACCAGCACACAUUGAACCUGUCAGAGGCCAUUCAGUAACGCCUCCUUCUCAGACGUCAUCUUUUCACGGAAAUCGAAACAAGAAAAUUAGACUGUAACCGCGCCACGUCGUGAAAUUUGGUGCUGCAUUUGUAUGUACAAGCGAUCCCCCACUCACAGUAAAGCCUGCAGUUGGUGGACCUAAUGAAUUACGUUGCAAAACUUAACGAGUAUGGACAAAAGAAUCAUGUAAAUGUGCAAUAUGAAGAAAAGGCUACUCCGGACCAUACUAAAGCGUAGGUGGUCAAGCAAGCCCCAUCCUCUCCGUCAGCAACACGCUCCCCAUCCGCUUCCAGGUUGGCCGUAGACGACAUGAUGGAGGCUGCAUUUGACCAAUCGCACUGUAUGUUCUUGUAGGUUUACUGUACGGGCUAUUGUGAACGGCAAGCGGUAUCCAGAGGGAGUUGGGAAAAAUAAGAGAGAAGCCAAGGAAAAUGCUGCCCUUAAGGCCCUGGGAAUGCUGCCGCACAAAGAGAGCAAUGGCUGUAGUUCUUCCCCAGCCAAAAUAGUACAACCCAAUUAUCAGUGCUGGCUCAAUGAACACAGCCAGAAGACCAGGGUGACCUAUAAGCCUAUUGAAUGGACAAGAGUGGGCGCAGCCAGUACACCAUUUUGCUGCCGGUAUGUUUCUACUAAUGGGGAAUCAUACCCUGAGGGCUAUGGGGAAUCAAAGCAGAAAGCCAAAGAGGAAGCUGCAAAGCUUGCUUACCUGGCCCUGCAAGUAACAGUCUGUUAUGGUGUAUGUGGUCCGAGCUCUAGGCAAGAUCAGAAGUGGGCAUCCUCUGUGGAAAGCACCCUAAAAGCCAGCGCUGCAGGAGGAAAGCACAGAAGAUCUGCCCCGACCCCAGCCACAGUCUUUUCACACACCUCCAAUGCAGGGGGGAAAGAGUUGAACUUCUUCAACAAACAUAAGGCUGAGCUGGAGACUCGGCUGUCCACCAUUUCUGUUCUCAUCCAGCUGGAGGGGUGCGGCAUACUGAAUGCCGUGGAGAGGGAGACAGUGGAGGCUGAAAGAAUUAGUGUCUCUCAGAACCAUGCUCUGAUCGUCAUGCUCAGUAGGAAAGGAGAACGGGCUCAGGAGAAGUUCUAUGAGAUUUUAAAGGAAACUGAUCCCUACCUGGUGAAAGAUCUUGAAAAAGGGGUUUGCACAUCAUAGGAGAAUACUGUAUCUAGAAGAUGUCAGGAAAACAGACAAAUUGUAUAACAUGUUGCCUAUGUGUUUUUACCCAUGCCUCUUUUUUUAUCUAAAUGAAAUUGAUUAUUUACAAUAAUUGUAUGAAUAUCUUGUGCCUAUGCAGCAUUUUAAUCAACUCUUUGAUUUUCUGUAUUGGGAUACUUCAAUAAUUAUGUCAAUGUUAUUUUCAAUAAAUGUGGAGGAAAUAUGAA